CGUUGCUGUCAUGUUGUCAUCACGCACCUUAUCUGUUGUCGACUUCUCUCCUCGACUACCACGACUAGCUCCGUUUCAAUCCACAUCCAGCGCAUCUAGAAACGGUCUUUCCUGCUUGACAUUAUCCCCAUGCCUCCAAAGAAAUCCAAAGCGGAGGAGGCACUUGCCUUCCUCGAUAAUCUCGACAACCUCGAGCCCGAGAACCCCGAAACAAGUUCUACCUCGGCGCGCCCAUCAACUGACAGUGCGAAUCGCAAGGACGAGCCAGUCGAGCCCGCACCAGACGCAGAGGCGGCAGACGCGCUAGCCUUCCUCGAAGCCCAGAUUAAUCAGAAGCGCGCGCCGUUAUCCAAGCCCUCUAGCUCGACUCCGCGGACCGCAAGCCCAGCCCUCGGCGCGCCAGGAACGACUGCUAGUGCCCCCAAGGCCCCAGCUUCCCCAGCGCCUGCUGCUGCGCCCGCAUCCGACCCACAACCCGCUGCGAGCAGCUGGGGAUGGGGCGGCGGCUCCUUCUGGUCGUCGGCGACCUCGGCGAUCCAGAGCGCUCAACGUGUCGCGGACGAGCAGUACCGCAAGGUCCGCACCGAGGGUGUCUCGGGAAUCCGCGAGCAGAUUGAUCAGCUACAUGUGGGCGGAGUCGACGUUGGCAAGCUUAGGAAGGACGCUGAGACUCGCCUUGGUGGCCUGGCCAAGAACGUAGGAAACAUCGAUCUCGACAAGCUUCGUCAAGAAAUCCUCACGCAGGCCAACUCGACCCUCACCACUCUCAUUAACACUGUUGCCCCCCCUAUCUCCGCGCACGAGACAAUCGAGCUGUGGCUCUCGCACCCCAUGGUAGGGUACGAGGGCGUUGAGGGCGUUGUCUAUCGCGCGUGGAUGACCAUUCUCGAGCAGACAGAGUCCGGAGAGCUCGUCGUGGUCUGGUCGCCUCCUGAAAAGGAUCUGCCCACGGAGCGCACGUUGAAUCCUAUCACGGGAUGGGACGAGGGAUGGAAGGCUGCCCAGGAAGAGGUCAAGGCCACCAAGGGUCGUGAGGACAAGAAUCCGCGCGGCCGAGCACGGGCGCAAUCAGAUGACGUGCCUGUCACGACGAUACCUGUCUUCCUCCAACUGCAGCCUGUGUUAGCUCCGUUGCCGUUCCCCGAACCAGCUCUGCAGCUGUCAACCACAGGAACGUCCGCGACCCCCUCCAAGCACCUCUACUUCAUUGUUAGCCUGCAGGACCCCACUCACGAACUGCAGUUCACCACCAUCAGUCAGCCAUCGCCAGGAGACUGGCUGGAUGUCGAGUAUGACAAGAGCGACUGGGUGGAGGAGCGUCUUGUUGAUGUUCUGAAGACGAGCGUUGAGAUCGUGGCACAGGACUACGUUUCCACCCGCAUGGCACUCAAACCAUCGGCAUCCAUGCCAGCCACGCCCAGAGAGGUGGCGGACACGCAGCCUACAACCAAUAGUUCGAGCGUGGCAGCAUGACGAGAGCGUGAGAUGCAAACCUGGCCUGGCAGCGGGCGCGUAUAGAGACAGUGCAUGAUGCAAAGACUAAAAGUCGCCUAGGUCGA